UUUAGGUGUAGUCACCAUAUAUUACUACCAUUAUAAUAUAAUCUGUGUGAGGAACGACGAGGAAAGAUGGAGUCUUGAUGUUUUUCUUUGUGUUGUUUAAAUGUACGGAAAAGCAGUGUAAAUUAUAAGGCGUAACAAAGGUCACUAAGAAAAAGAAUGGAAGUUGGAAUGAUGCAGUAUCCACCGGGUGACUCCCGAAUGAUCGACAAAAUUGUUCAUCAACUUAAAUCUCAAGGAAUUUUUGAUCAAUUUCGAAAGGAGUGUCUAGCAGAUGUAGACACAAAGCCUGCAUAUCAGAAUCUACACCAGAGGGUUGAAGGAAGUGUGUCUGGGUUUUUGGCCAGCCAGGUCUGGCGGCCAGACUUGAACAAGAACCAGUUGCGUGACAGCCUGAGAAAGUACAUUCAUGAAUCUGGUUUCUUGGAUAUUGGUGUGGAGAGGAUCGUUGACCAGGUUGUCAACCCGAAGAUCUUAACUGUCUUCAUGCCACAAGUAGAAGAUGUUGUUUACAAAUACCUGGGCAUUGAAAAGCCAAAAAAGGGGAAAGAGAACCAAACUGUGUAUGUGGCAUCAUUAACUGCAGAGAAUAUUGCGCAGAAGGAGGAGAAGAAAUUGCCUACACUUACAGAUUUAUUACCAAAGGAAUUGGAACCUAUUUCUCCAGAGAGUGACACGUUAAAAGAAAAGGAUGAUUCGGACGAAGAUGAAGAAGUUGGAUUUCCUGAUGGAAGGGAAGAAGAAGAUUCAUCACCCCCGUUUGAACCCAUAGAAAAAGUUAACUCACAUUUAGAAGAGAGUUCAGUAGACAGUCAUCUGUCAGGUAUAUCAGAACUGACAAGUCAUGAGAGUCAGCAUUCGCAUGUCUCAUUCAUGAUUUCAAAUCAUGCAAAUAAUAACAGUUCUAUAAAAAUGCCCGCUUCGGAUCUGUCAAACCAUGACAGCCAGCUUUCAAAAGUGUCGUCCGGUAGUAGAUUGUCUAUUGUUUCAUUUUAUGACCAAGACUGUAGACUGACGUACAAUACUGAAAUAAAUGACGACAGCGAGCAGUCGAAAACUUCGCUUCCAGUUUCUGGUCAAGAUACGCGGAUGUCUAUGAGUAUUGGAUUCACUGAUGACGAAAAUGAAAUGAAAGAUAUGGACGUUCAAGUCACUGGUGAUAUCUCCUAUGAAGAAUCAAGUAUUUAUGCCAACAAAUUGCAGAUAUCUGCUCAGAAUAGUUCCCACAGCAUAUCAGAUGGUAUUAUAACCAAUGAAAAUCUCAGACCUGAAACAGAUCAAGAAGAAAGCAGUCAGGAUGAAAGAUCACAGACAAAAAUAGAUUAUGUUUUUGAAAUGAUGUGUGAAGAUACACCUGAGGAAAAAAUUGUUGAAGAAUAUGAACCUGAAAAUUAUAUAUCUGAAUAUGAAUACAACGAAAAUGAAGAUAACAUCAUGGUGGAUGAAUUUGAAAGUAAACGUGAUGUUGGUAACCAGAUGAUGAUAAAUGAGGAAUUUGAAGAAAUGUGUGAGGAAGAGAUAGAUGAAAAAUCUGAUGAGCUGAUAGAAGAAAAAUCUGAAGAAAUGACUGAUGAAAAAUUGGAUAAAAAGACAGAAGUCCAGGUUGAGUUUAAAUUUGAAGAAAUGUCUGUAAAGAAAGAAAGUGAGAAAUCUGAAAUAAUUGCUGAGGAGAAGCAAGAAAGGAAAGUAGAAGAGAAAUAUGAAAUGAGGCAAGAUGAGGAUCUUGAGAAAGAAUUGGAUGACAAAUCUGAAAGAAGACUGGAAGAAAGGUUAGAAAAUAAAUUGGAAGAAAAAUCUGAAAGGAAGUUGGAUGAUAAGUUUGACAGAAAAUUAUAUGAAAAGUCUACAAGGAAAUUGGAUGAGAAGCCUGAAAGGAAAACAAAUGACAAGCUUGAGAGGAAACUGGAUGAGAAGUCUGAGCGUAAAUUAGACGAUAAGUCUGAUGAGAAGUCUGAAAGGAAAUAUGUUGAAGGCUUGGAACAUAAAUUAGAUGAGAGGGAUGAAAGAAAAUCAGAUGAAAUUUCUGAAAAGAAAUCAGAUGAGAAACUUAUAAGGAAAUUAGAUGAAAGAUCUGUGAGGAAAACAGACGAGAAGUCUGAAAAAAAGUUAGUUGAUAAGUCAGAGAAGAAAUUAGACAUUAAACUGGAGAAGAAAACAGAUGAUAAAUCUGAAAGGAAAUCAGAUCUGAGAUGUGAGAAGAAAGUAGAUGACAAGCAUGAUAAGAAACAGGACAAACAUAGAGAGGACAGAGAUAAAUCUAGAGAAAAGAAAGAUGAAAAGAAGCGGUUGAACAGCGACAGUAAAGAUGUGAAGAAGAAUGACCCGUGUGGGCACUUACCAGAUGUAGACAGAAAGAGAAGUGACAAGGACAAGCACAAGAGAGACAGAGGUGACAGUCGCAGCAAAGCACAGAAGUCAAGCAAAGAUGGGAAAGAGAAAACUGAGAAGGAUGGCAUUAAAGAAAAAGUUCAGCAUGAAGAAAAAGCUGACAGAGACAUCGUGAAGGAAAAAUUCAAACAAGGAAUAAGGGAGACUAAAGAUGAAAAGAGGAGUGAUGAAAGGGAGAAGAAAAUAGAGAAGGAUUCCAGUAAGGAAAAAUCUAAGAAAGAAGAUUGUGAUGUCUUGAGGCAUGAGAAAGAUACCAAGAAAUCAAAGAGUGAUGAGAAGAGAGAACAAGAUGGGAAGGAAAAACCAAAGGCAGAAGAAAAGGUGCAAAUGAAACAUGAUGACAGGCACAAGGAGAGGACAAAGUGUGAAAGCAGAGAUAAGUCAGAUAAGGAUAAGGCCACACGACAUGAUGACAAAAACAGUAAAGAUGGCAGCAGGUCAAGCAGCAAGGAGUCUAAAGACAGAAUAAAACAAGAGACCAAAGAUAAGGGUAAAGACACAACGAACAAAACUGAAGAGAAAAAGAGUAAAAAGAAGUCGAAACACGAGAAAAGUGGUAAAGCUGCAGCGAAGGGGAGCGAGAAGACUGACAAAAAGAAGGAAGAGACAGAAACCGGUAAGUCAUCUCGCUCUGACCGUAAGAGCAAGAAUGGUGGAAAGAAAGGCAAAGAAAACAAAGGGAAGAGCAUAACUGAUGAUCAUAGAAUUCAUAGGGAUAAGCGUUCGGAUGACAGGCGGUCUACUGAUCGAGAUAGCAACGGAACCGCGCAGAACAGGUCAGUUGGCAGUACUACGUCUCGGACAAAUGGCAACGAUUCGCAACGUUCGCAGUCGCGUCGCGAUAAAAGCGGCAGUAGUAGUAACAGCAGCAAAUCUGACGGUGGCAACAGCGAAUCGUCAACAGUUGGGUCAUCGAAGAAUGUUGAGGAUAACAUUCCUUCAACAUCAAAAUCAAGUUCUCCACCAUCAUCACUACCUUUCAAGAAACGGCCACUUUCCAUCCAAUCUGAAGAUGAAAAUGAUUCAGUCAAUGGUGGAAGCAGGGAAUUUUAUUGCAUCAAGAUUAAGAAACCGAAGAUUGCCGCAAACAUAUUUGAAGUGAAAAAGAUCAUGAUGCUUCGGAAAUCACUUGCCAAGAAAGAGCGUAGACAGCAGAGGGAAUUAAAGAGAAUUGAAUGUGCCAAUGAAAAAGUUAAGGAGGUGAGAAGUGAAAAGAAAAUGACUAAGCCAGUUGUCGCAAAGCGUAGAAAAUUGGGCGAUAUAGAAAAGUCGUUGCGCAGGGACGUAGACGCGUCUCUGUCCAAGAAACAGAUGCCGCAGGUCGAAAGUGAUAAGGAAGACGGUCCGGCAGGGCUGAAAUAUUUUGGCUCAGAAUUGAAUCCCUCGCAUUUGAGCCGCUCUGAUUCUGAUUUUUUGGCGUAUGUUAAACGGCUUGUAGAGAGCGACAACUUAUCAGAAAUUUCCACCUCCUCAGAUCCUGAGUCAGAAAUGAGUGAUAUGGAUGACAUCAUUCAGUUGCCGAGUUCUUAUUUGGAUGACAUAGUAGCAGCAGAACUUGGCGCAAAGAUUUGUAAGACUAACAAAGGCACGGAGAUUGUGUUGAAUUUGCCAGAAGAUAAAGAAAUGUCAAAAAAGGCUUUGCCUGGCCUACAUUCCACCAAAAACGAUUCUAUUGUGGUGAAUAAAGGUUCCACGGCAAUUGAUCAUUUUUUGAUUAUUUCAUCACCUGGGCAAGACACCGGCCUUACUAACCCACGUAAAUCCAUUAUGAGGCACAAUGUUGAAGAGAGAUCAAAUUUAAAACGAAUUUUAGUACGAAGCAGUUCGUCGGACACGUCUGCUGAUGACGUAAUUUUAAAUGACAGGAAUGUGAAGAGAAUUUUGAAGAGGCAGCAUCUGUCAUCAGUAGCAGGUACAAACAGCAACAAGAGUACUUCUGAAAAGAUUGAUGUGGCUUCGAACGGGUUGGAUGCAGGAAAGAUACCAGAUUCUAGCUCAGAUAUACAGAAGAAAAGAGUGUUAUCAAGGAAAAGAGUGAAGAAGGAAAUUGCCUUUAUGCCAGAAAUGAAACCUCCAGAAGUAGCAGUGGAGAAGCGGGACCUUCGAAAAUCCCGGAAGCCAAGCACUCGUUACUCAAAAAAAAUAUUUACCUCAUGCUUAGCGGAUGAAGACAUGAAUCAUGACGCCUUCCUGGAAGAACGAGACAGCGUUAAACUUGACGAUGAUUCUUCAGUAGUUACCUGUAAUGAUGUUUCCAGGAAUGUCCCAAGUAGAGCUAACAGUACAUCCCCCAUUUCUGUAGGUGGAAAUAACAUUAUCUUUACAAUGGUGAAAAUUCCGGCCACCGUCACUCAAGCAGAUGAUGACAGUUCUGACAGGGAGAACGUGUCAGAACCCUUGGCUGAGGACAGAUAUGAUAUCAUAAAAGAUAACAACAAUAUUGAUAAGGGAAGUUCAGAGGAUGAAAGGGGAUGCACAGAUGGAUCAAUGCUGAAUCAAGAUCUUAUUCUACCCACCUUGAGAGACCUCAUGGUCGAGAGUGGGUUCAGAACGGAAGAUGAUAAGUCUGACAUUCUGCCGUCCUUAGCGGGGAUAGGAAAGUCUGUAGGUAAUUCCUUGCCGAUGACAGGGAGUAAUGUCCACAACGUCGCACUUACCGUUAGGGGUGCCCAUGAGACCAGCGAGGGAACACAGACAAAGCGGCCAGUCUUAAAUCGGAGCCGACGUGUCGGUUUAGGAAGACCUCAUCCAAAGAGAUCAUCAGAGCAAGAAGGUGAAGAUGAUACUGGAAAUAGGAUGCCUCCAUCUUCCAACACGGCUGAUUUCGUCAUGCCUUUAAGUCCUGAAAGUGAUGUUUCAGCUUCAUCAGGGGAGGCCAAGAAAUCUGUGGUAGACUCAAAAGUUGGUGAUAGCCACACAGCUCCUUCUCCUUCAAAUUCUGUUGAGAAGGCUGGUCAUAUGUCAAACAGCAGACUUGGCGAUACAGAAAUGAGGAAAAGUCUCAGGAGUGGUGGUAUUGGGACUCCUGGUAGCCGUGCCCAACGUUAUAGCAGUGAUGACCUCUACAAACCUCGGCCGCUCUUCAGCCAAGGCUCAAGACGUGUCCGAGGACUAGUGUCGCCUUCUUUAAGUCAAGAAGAUGUCACAAACUGCGCUAGUAAGUGCCAUGUCUCAGAUGUCACCAAGACGCUUCCACCGUCAUCAAAGACAAGAAGAUGAUUGCAAGAUUUGGAGGUUCCAGUGUGCCGAACCCUUAUUGUGCUAAUGUAGUCAUUUGUGCUCAUUCCUCAUACAGAAAUGUAGAAGUAUGUCUCUGCAGCUUAAGUAGCUACAGGGCAGAUUGUGUACGUCUAUGAACUAUCAUCUCUCUCGUAUUCUUAUUUGCUGUGCUCCCUGCAGCUGCUGUAGGCUGGACCUUCACUUUAUAUAUUAUGUAUAUUACGUGACAAUGUAUAUGGGACAGAAAGAGCUUAACUGGUGCAAGAUGAAAGACUCACUGCGCAUAGUGAACUAAAUGUCUGGUAGUGUUGCUAGUUUUAAUUUCAUUUGUUCUUGUGAUUUGAUAUAUAAGUGUAUUAAUUUAAAUCCUCGUUAAAAUUACUUCCAUAACUG